CAACCUGUUGUGACACCAGUUCACAGUGUGACAUCUGCGCGUCCGGACGCCUGUUAGCUCCGUGUAUUCAUUCCAGCCUGGAGCAACUAGUUGGCAGUUUAUUAUCAUUAGUACGCCGUGGUCAGAUCGCUCGAUAAAGCGCACAAAAGUCGCCCCGUAUCUGUAAAAUGAAAAUGCACGAAAAUGUUGGGGUUUAUCUUGGACUGUGUCUACACGUCGUUCCUGAGAUACUGGUUAAAGUGGCUGAUCAGACACGCAACAGGGACAUGUGAGCUGCAAAGAGUUUGCUCAGGAUACAGUCCAGGGGCUACAAGGACAACAAAAGCAGAAUAUGCCCUUCGAUCAUCUAAGAGCAGGGUUUUAAGAAGCGCACUGGAAGCCAGAAAAGAUAACUUAAAAGAAUGUGUGGGUCAAAUUAUGAAAGAGAAAGAUAUCAAACCUGAGAAAGAUCCCCAGUUCAAGGAGAACCUACACACUUGUCUGUUACAGAUAACAGGAUACAGCAGCCUCUUUAAGUCUGUGGAGGAGCUGAGAAAAGAAGUCUUCAGCUCAGAGAAAGUAGAACAUGAAGCAAUGCUUCUGAAGCUGUGGGACCUGUUGAUGCCAACAGUCAAACUGGAAUCAAGGAUAACCAAACAGUGGGGAGACAUUGGAUUCCAAGGAGAUGACCCUAAGACAGACUUCAGAGGAAUGGGGAUGCUGGGCCUAAUCAACCUUGUUUUUUUCAGUGAACACUACACAGAGGAGGCUCGUCAGGUGUUGUCACAUGCAAAUCAUCCUAAACUGGGUUAUUCAUAUGCCAUAGUUGGGAUCAACCUGACAGAGAUGGCCUACAGCCUCAUGAAGAGUGGGGCUUUGAAGCCACACUUCUACAACACCGCACUGGGAACGCCUGAGCUUCAGCACUUUCAUCAGCUGUACUGUUACCUGGCGUAUGAAUUUGAUAAAUUCUGGGUGGCAGAAGAACCAGAAAGCAUCAUGCAGUUUAAUCAGUACAGAGAAAAAUUCCAUAACAUGGUCAAGGCAGAUCUAGAAGACCCUGGUGUGUCACUCACAUUGACUGUCCACUCAUAAACCAACAGUUACUUAACUGUAAAGAUGAACAUGUCCUCCUGACGUCUCUGCAGCAUCCAUUGUUUCUUCAGCCAGAAGAAGGCAAGAUAGUGUGAGCAGUGCUGCACAAAACAGACUGAACCUAACUUUAAAUUAAAGUUGUUACCUUGUUGUGUGAUACUUUGAGGCUUUAAAGCACAAGCGUAACACCCUAUACCUCACAAAUGACCAUUCCAGUGAGCUAUUAGCCUACGUUAAUGGAGAUCGAGCAUUGCUGCAGAGACUGAGGUUAUGACUGGACUGAAGCGUUACGCACCUUCGUAAGCAAGCAUCCAAAUGAAAAGAUUGCAGUUCAAAGACAGAUAUUGAGAAUUGCUCUUGUUUGUAUUUGUUCUCACCUCUCCUGCUCAGGAAUGUAGUAUUUACACCUGGAAUCAUUUAGUUCAAAUGUAAGGUUUAAAUUCCAUUGUGCAGUGUUAUUAAACGUUGUGCAUGACUUAAUGUGUCCCCACUGACGCCAUCUGUAUGAUGUAAUAUAGGUGAUGUGGAAAUGAAAGGGUUGCCUCCCCUUUUAUGUUUUUUUUAAAUAUAAAUGUAUGUCUCAAAAUUGCAUUUUUAAUGUUUUAUGCUUUGAUUUCUUUUGAGACCUGUAAUGAUUAACACUUAAUGCUCGGUUAAUAAACACUUUGAUGUUUUGAAA